CGUGUCCGCGUGCGCCGAGUGCUGUGCGGGCUGGAAGGAGCAUGUGGGUCCGCUGCGCGCUGUGGGGGGCGCGAGCCCGGUCGCAGCUGCAGUCGGGAGUGCUGGCACCUCGGCGCCGCCACGGUGGUGCUGCCUCUUACUCCGCAUCGGCCCAAGCCUCCCGGGUCCGGGCGCUGAUCUAUGGGAGCCACGGAGAACCAGCCAAGGUCGUCGAACUGAAGAACCUGGAGCUAGCGGCCGUGGGAGGAUCAGAUGUCCACGUGAGGAUGCUGGCGGCCCCUAUCAAUCCAUCUGACAUAAAUAUGAUCCAAGGGAACUAUGGCCUCCUUCCCAAGCUGCCUGCUGUUGGAGGGAACGAAGGUGUGGGACAAGUGGAGGCCGUGGGCUGCCGUGUGACUAGACUGAAGCCAGGAGACUGGGUGAUUCCUGCAAAUGCUGGGUUGGGAACCUGGCAGACCGAGGCCGUGUUCAGUGAGAAAGCGUUGAUCCAAGUUCCCAAUGACAUCCCUCUUCAGAGUGCUGCCACCCUGAGUGUCAACCCCUGCACAGCCUACAGGAUGUUGGUGGACUUUGAGCAGCUGAAGCCAGGGGACUCUGUCAUCCAGAAUGCAUCCAACAGUGGAGUGGGGCAAGCAGUCAUUCAGAUCGCCGCAGCCCUGGGCCUAAGGACCAUCAAUGUGGUCCGAGACAGGCCUGACAUCCAGAAACUGAUGGACAGACUAAAGGAUCUGGGGGCCGAGCAUGUCAUCACAGAGGAGGAACUAAGAAAGCCAGAAGCAAAAAACUUGUUCAAGAACACACCCCAGCCACGGCUUGCUCUCAACUGUGUUGGCGGGAAAAGCUCCACAGAGUUGCUGCGGCAUUUAGCGCCUGGAGGAACCAUGGUGACCUACGGGGGGAUGGCCAAGCAGCCCGUCACAGCGCCUGUGAGCCUGCUCAUUUUUAAGGACCUCAAACUUCGGGGCUUUUGGUUGUCGCAAUGGAAGAAAGAUCACAGUCCAGUGCGAGACGUCAUUUCUAAUCUUCAGACAAUAAUCUGGAAGGGCAAGUGGAAACUGGCUCCAGAGCCGGAAGGCAAACAGGUGCUGACUCCUAAGGCAACGCUCAGGCACACCUGAAGCCCUGGAGCUGCCUGCCUGCCUGCCUCUCCCAGUCCUCCCCAGGGAGCAUCCACCCGGCCGCUCCCGCAGCCAGCCCCACAGUGCUGAUGCAUGUCUUGUCUUGGAGAUGAGAUAAAUAAGCCCACUUUCCUCAGGAGGAGACUGAGGUGCAGAAGAAAGUUUCCUGUGGGAGCCUGUGCUCUAGACAUCACUGUUCUUGUGCCUAGAAGCGCUUGGCAAUGCCCACAGUGCUCAUUGGCAGGCGCCAUGCCCAGGGUAGGGCACUGGGCCCAGCCAUGACUGUUGGAAAUGGUGGGGAAGAAAUGCUCAGCCCCGCACUGCAUCUGCCCACAUGUGCAGGCAGGAAAAUUCCUGGGAAGACAGCAGGUCCGGCCUGAAGGUAGAUGGCAAGGAGACAACGACAUCUUCUGAAAGGGAAGAGAAAUCUUUCCAUGUGUCCAUAACCCUGCAUUUAGCUUGCCUAAGGCUCUGGGUUCAAUCUUCAGCAUCACAUUCAAAAGCAGGGAUUACUUGUUGAGAGAAGGGGUUUCACUGUGUUAUCCAGGCUGGUCUCAACUCCUGGACUGAAGGGAUCCUCCUGCCUCAACCGUCCAAAGGCUGGGACUGUAGGCAUGUGACACUACACUAAACUAUAACUUCCCUGAACAUACUACAUGAAAGGCACUGUUAAGUAUGCUAGGGACACAGAAAGAGACAAAAAACAAACAAACAAACAAAAAAAAACCACGGCCCCUAGUACCAGCAAGCUUACAUUCUAGUGACGGAGAAAGACAAAGAACAAGGGAAUAAAUAAGCUAAUUCCAGACUGUAGUACUGUGAAAGAAAACACACAGGGCUAUCGUAACUCAGUAGGUAUUUGAUUUAAAGCAGACAAGAAAAUAUGAGGCCUGGAUAGGGAGCCAGCCAUAGUCCAGGCAGAGAGAGUAGCAUGCGUAGAAGCCCUGAUAUGUGUUGAGGCCUGGAGUAGGUUGGGAAGAGAGAAUGCUGAGGAGACAGAUUUGUGAACAUUUAGAAGGAAGAACCCAAGACAGACCAAGUGUGGGGAUUGAACUUUAGUUCCUUGCUGGAUAGAUAUGCCACUUCCAGAGUUAGGGAACUCCAGAGAAAGUAGGUUUGGGAGACAUGCAUUUUCUCUCUGUGGAUUCUUUCCCUCCUGUACAACAGAUUGAUGAGACUAUAUGACAACCAAGGUUUAGUGCUUAUUCUUUAAAACCUUAUGAUCCUUUUACAAAUUUGAGGCCAGCCUGAGCAAUUUAGUGAGAACCUGUCUCAAAAUAAAAAGGGCUGGGGGUGUAACUCAGAGGUUCAAUCCCCAGUACAAAAAUAAAUAAAUAAAUAAAUCACGAUCCUAACAUUUUCUAAAUUCCAGAUGGUUUAAAGAUUGCAGUGUGAGGUCAGGCAUUACCCUCACAUUUUCUAAAUUCCAAAUGGCUUAAAGAUUGCAACAUGAGGCUAGGCACAGUGGCACAUGCCAGGGCACACCCAUGAUCCCAGCCUUCAGGAGGCUGAGACAGGAGACCCUCAAAUUUGAGGUCUGCCCCAACAACUUAGCAAGACCCUCUCUCAAAAUUUUUAAAAAUUAAAAGGGCUGAGAGGAGCGUAGCUCAGUGGUACAUUGCCCUCAGAUUCAAUCCCCAGAACUGAGAAAGAAAAAAGAUUGCAAUAUGAAAAUAAGCUAAGUAACAGAUUAAACUGAGGGUUUUUUGUUGUUGUUGAUAAUGUUUUUAAACUUCAGAGUGAGGAAGGCCUUUUGAAAUACAAUACAAAACUAGUACCAAAGAAAAACAAAGGAUGGAUAAAUUUAAUCCCCAAAAUACCUAAUGUUUUUGACUGGCAAAAACAAACAAACCUCUAGGCAAAAUCACAAGUCAAACAACAAACUGGGAAAAAAUAUUUGCAAUUCAUUUGACAAAGAGCUGAUUUUCCUAGUAUAUAGUGACCUAUAAAUCAAGAAAAAUGAGCAAAAGAUAUAAACAGACAUGCAAAAGGGAAACAUAAAUCCAUCUUAACCAUGAAGAGAGACUUGCUCCAUUAAAAACAGUUGCCAUUUGAACCCCCCAGAGAUACCAUUAAUCAGGACUGACAAAAGGUAAAACAUUUGAUGACUUGGUAUUGGGGAAAAUAUGGGAAUAAGGCAUUUAAUGGAGUGUUGAACAACAUCUACCAAAACUACUUGUGCUCACACUCUUUAACCCAAAUAUUCCUACUUCCAGGAAUAGAUCUUACAUAUAUGAAUAUACAAGGCUCCUCCUGUAGCAAUUCUCAUGAGGAAAGAUGGGAAACCAUCUCAAUGUCCUUCACUAGAGGAUUGGUUAAAUUACCAUGUACAAAACGUUAUAAGCCAUAAUAAUAGUCCCGAGGAAGUUCCUUUUGUACUCUUCUGGAAUGAUUUUCAAAUUAAAUUAAGCCAAGAACUGUGUAUGUA